AUGCUCUCCUUCAUACAAAUUCUAGCCUAUCCGGCGCUCUUCUGGGGCUGCCUUGUCAUCUUCGUUCAGGGCAUAGGCAUCGUCAAGAUCUUCCGGUCCUACUCCUCCAUACCACGUAGACCUGUGUCUCCCAGCUUGCCCAAAGACGAAAUACCGCAUGUCACCGUCAUCCGACCAGCCAAGGGCUUGGAGCCCGCGCUCUACGAAUGCCUCGCUUCCAUAUUCCAGCAGUCGUACCCGAAGGACAAGCUGACCGUCUACUUCUGCGUCGAGUCCAAACAAGACCCAGCAUAUCCCGUACUGCGACAGCUGGUGGACGACUUCCCCGACUUUGACGCCAAGGUCUUUGUUGAGACUGAAGAUCCCUAUCUCCACGGUGCGCAAGGGAAUGCCGAGAAUAUAGGGCCAAACCCAAAGAUACGCAAUCUGAGCAGAGCAUACCGAGAGGCAAAGGGCGACAUCAUAUGGCCCCUGGACUGCAAUGUGUGGAUCGCGAGGGAUGUGGCUGGCCGCAUGGUCGACAAGCUCUGCGGCUUUGGUCCAGAUGGCCAGCGGAAAAAAUCAUUCAAGUUCGUACACCAGCUGCCAUUGGUCGUCGACACCGUCACGUCCAUGAGCCAGCUGAACUCGGAAGGGCAGUCGCUGCUGUCCGGUUCCUCUGUGACCGGCGGGACCGAAAACCAGCCUAACGUCAACGUGCCCUCUUCCAUCUUGUCCCGUUCUUGGGCGCACGGAGGAGGUCGGCUGGAGGAGAUGUUCAUGGCCACAACGCAUGCCAAGUUUUACGGCGCUAUCAACACGGUCGGCAUUGCCCCUUGCAUCCUAGGCAAGAGCAACAUGUUCCGGAAAGCCCACCUGGACGAGGCCACCGACUCCUCCCGCAACCCCAUCCUGUCAGGCAGAGCCGCUACCCUUCCCAAAGGACUCGAUCACUUCUCUUCCUACAUGUGCGAAGACCAUGCCAUUGGUGACCUCCUUUGGCGAACCACUUUCCCUGGCUUUGCGAAUCACGGAUUGGUCGCUGGGGAUCUGGCCAUACAGCCCAUGGCGGGGAUGUCCAUCAGGGCUUAUGCCGCACGUCGGGCAAGGUGGUUGCGCGCCAGGAAGUGGACCGUCUUGUCAGCAACACUGGUUGAGCAUGGAGUUGAGAGCUUGGUCUGCUGUUUCUACCUGUCAUUCGGUCUGACCACCGUCCCCUGGGUCCACCACACCCUUGGUGUACCGCAAACUUGGCAGGCUCUGGGUACUUGUUGGCUCGCUGGAGUUUUCAUCUGGAUGCUGGUCGACCGGGCCGUGUUUUUACGGCUUCACGCUGGUCAGAGCAUAUACGUCGACGAAAACACGCCAUCGUUCGCCAAGGGUGCCAGCCGUGGCGGUGCCGAGAAACGUCCAUUCGGUGAGUGGUUUCUGGCGUGGCUCGGCCGAGAAACCCUGGCCCUUCCCAUAUGGACUUGGGCUGUCCUGCUUGGCACUACGGUGAAAUGGAGAGGCAAGCAGUUCCGGGUACGCUCUGAUAUGACAGUCCUAGCGAUUGAUCGUGAGAAUAAGGGUGUUGCCGGUCCGCGAUCUAACGGAGACGCCGCUGAUCAUAUACGGCCGGCGCGAGGGAAGUUAGACUAG